GAGAGUCAGAGAGAGAGAAUACCAAACCCACUUCGCUCCAAUAAUUAAAAAGAUCUCACUUUCUCAAAUUAACUUCAAAAAAAAAAAAAUCUUCGCUUUCUUUUAUAACUUUCAAAACCCUGAUCGAAAUAUCAGAUCAAGGAGAAAUGGAUAUGGAUGAGUGGGAAUUAAUCCCCAAGAACAGCUUCAAUUAUCUUGAUCUUGACCACGACGAUGAACAUCAUGGUGCGAUGAUGAUGGAUUACUACCUCAGCCCAUCAACUCAAGAUCCUCUCCACAAAACAGAGUCUCCUCCAAGAUCCAGAGUGAUCCCCACGAAACUCCUCCAAGUUCCCAUAGCUUGGGAACCCGUGUUGGAUCACGAGAACAAGAAGAUACCCAAUGACCCGGAUCUUGACCCGGGUUCAAAACAGACCCUUUUGACGGACUCUGUUCCGUCACCAAGAGUAUCCUUCAAGAAAAUGAAGGAAACCGAAUUUGCCGACAUGAAAACUGACCCACCAGCGAGGAUCACGAGUCCUGUGUCUCAGAUAGAUGCUGUGAAACCCUCUGAUUCCGAAGGAAGUGAUGACUUCCGAGAGAAGAAAGAAGUUAAUCUGGAGAAAGAGAAUGAUGAUGUGACGAGUGAUCGUAGAGGUCAGAGGUUGAAUCUGUGGAAGAUUGGUCUCAACGGGAUAGGAGCAAUUUGUUCUUUUGGUGCUGCAGCUGCUGCUGCUUCUGUGUGUGUCUUCUUCCUCGGACACAACAACAUCAAAAUUUGUAAGAGCAAGAACCAGAUGCUUAGGUUCCAGAUUUACUCCGAUGAUAAUAAGAGGAUGAAAGAAGCUGUGAAUCAUACAACAAAGAUCAAUGAAGCAAUCUUUGCUGUGAAAGGUGUUCCUGUCGUCAGAGCUCAGAUAUCUUUUGGGGGUUACUACGAUGGACUUUGAAUCUCAGCCGUCCAUAAUUCUAUUGGAAUCAACGGGUCAUAUCGAGUCUACCCCACCGGCCAGCUUCAUAAGUUCAAUAGUUUAUAGCUUAGUAAAUAAAUUUUGUAAAUUAUAUAUACUUGGGUUAAAGUCAGAUUAAUUGUGUGUUGUUAAUAGAUCAUUGUGAAAUUUCACACAAAUAAACUCUUUUGGAGACACUACUAAUUCUCAGCAAGAAUGUUG